UACCUGCCACUGUGUACAGUUGUCUUUUUCUUUUUUUCUUUUUAUUCUCAGUCUUCCCCCUAUUUUUUGUUCUUUGCUUCCUCUUCUCUCAUUAAAUGCUCUCGUCCUCUUCUUCAUUCAUCCUUGCCUUUCCUUUGUUUGCACUGCCAGUGAGUCUGCAUCCUUUCUUCCAAGAAAAGUAAUUUCUCUGAUCGAAUCACACGCUUCUUUACUUAUGAUGAAUCUGUGAUAUCCAAUAGGAGCUACAGCUGCUGCUUUGGGAGGAGUGAACACAACUGCUCAUUGGAGAAAUUUAAAGCUCAAGAAGGGAGAAAGGUUCCGACCUUUAAUUUCUUCAGAGAUCUCACACAGACCAGAAAUGGCAUCUUCAUCCUCCACUGGGUCAAACUCCCCUUGUGCAGCUUGCAAGUUCUUGAGGAGGAAAUGCAUGCCAGGCUGCAUCUUUGCUCCCUACUUCCCUCCAGAAGAGCCUCAGAAAUUCAUCAAUGUUCACAAGAUCUUCGGAGCGAGCAACGUGACAAAGAUCCUCAACGAUCUCCUGCCUCAUCAGAGAGAAGAUGCUGUGAACUCUCUCGCAUAUGAGGCUGAGGCGAGGAUCAAAGAUCCAGUGUAUGGCUGCGUUGGCGCUAUAUCAGUUCUUCAGAGAGAGGUUCAGAGGCUUCAGAAGGAGCUUGAGGCUGCCAAUGCUGAUCUGCUUCGAUUAGCAUGCGGCGAUAUCCCUUCGGGGUUUUCGCUGCCGAUGCAAAUUGGACCGCAGUCAGCUCCUCCCUAUAAUUAUCAGCCUUCCCUUCCUCCUCAUUCUACUUUACCUAUCCCUUAUAACCCUCAUAGUAAUAAUCCUAAUCCUGAUAGUAAUAAUAACACCAGUACUCCUCAUAACCCUUUAAGUGACAUAAAUAGGAGGCGAGGAGGCUUUGAUAUUCCUUGAAAUUUGUAGUAUGCAUUAAUCAUGGUAAGUGCUAUGGAUUCCAUAUUGGUACAAAAGUAAUUAAAUAAGGAUUACAUUUUGUUGAACCA